AUGCCCGUGUUCAGCGAGAUGAGUACAAGAAGUUUUAACUUUCCCGGCGUCCAAGUUGCAAGGCUCGGUGCUACUUCCUCUGCCCAAACUCCAGCUGCGUUUGGGCCAGAGCGCGCUCGCGUUCGUAACUCGGGGUUCAGAUUAGAAAGGUGUAGAUUGAAGGAGUUUGAAGGAACGUGUAGCCUUAUCCGUUCCUCGUUUCGUUUGACUGUUCUGUCCAAUCUUGUACGAUUUGGCGAAAGUGAUAUAGAUUUAAAUUGUCUUAGCGACGCCCACUCUGCGCUCCGCACCUUUUAUCCUACCAACGUCUCCGUCGACCAUACCGGCAACUACGACUACUGUGAACCUGCCGUGAUAUCCACAACGUCGCUAGACAACAUCAACGACCUCAACGUCAUUCUUCUCGUCGAGAUUCUCUGGGGACUCCGAAGUACUCUCUCGCUUGCUCAACGGAGGGAAUGGGGACCCGAUGAAGAUGCUGUUCGUCACAUCCUGGUUAGCCCCGUCGCUCCACACCUUCAUCAGCCGCCAAGAAGGGUUGCAACAUUCGACUUCAGCUGGACGGAGGAAGAGGUGUCCAUGGAGGAAUAUGAUAUACCAUCGCCGCAGUGA